CCUCCCCCAGCGACAGGAAUGGUUGCCCGGCUCCACCACUGCACCCCCUGACCCCCGAGGCCCAAGGUGCGGCCUCGCUGCGAUCCCCGGACCAGAGCGGGGCGCUCGGCCUGCCCCUCAACGCUAUUAGUCCCUGCCCUCCCGAGCCAUGCACGGGGAGACACACGUCCCGAAGCGGGCCCCCAGGCCUCCCUGUAGCACCCCGUAAUGCAAUCCACCGGGACGUGGGAGGCGGCGGCGGCAACAGCAGAGGCGGCGGCGGCAGCAGCAGCUCUGCCCCAAUCUAGAGACAUCCAGAAGAGGAAAAUGGCUCCGAGCAGGGACCGCCUGCUGCACUUUGGGUUCAAGGCGACAAUGUUCUCAAAUAGCGAUGAAGCUGUAAUCAAUAAAAAACUUCCCAAAGAGCUCCUAUUACGGAUAUUUUCUUUUUUGGAUGUCGUUACCCUGUGUCGCUGUGCUCAGGUCUCCAGGGCCUGGAAUGUUCUGGCUCUGGAUGGCAGUAACUGGCAGCGAAUUGAUCUGUUUGAUUUCCAGAGGGAUAUUGAGGGCAGGGUAGUGGAGAAUAUUUCAAAACGAUGUGGUGGCUUUUUACGAAAGUUAAGUCUUCGUGGAUGUCUUGGAGUAGGAGACAAUGCAUUAAGGACCUUUGCACAGAACUGUAGGAACAUUGAAGUACUGAAUCUAAAUGGGUGUACAAAGACUACAGAUGCUACAUGUACUAGCCUUAGCAAGUUCUGUUCCAAACUCAGGCACCUUGACCUGGCUUCCUGUACAUCAAUAACAAACAUGUCUCUGAAAGCUCUGAGUGAGGGAUGUCCACUGUUGGAGCAGUUGAACAUUUCCUGGUGUGACCAAGUAACCAAGGAUGGCAUUCAAGCACUAGUGAGGGGCUGUGGGGGUCUCAAGGCCUUAUUCUUAAAAGGCUGCACGCAGCUAGAAGAUGAAGCUCUAAAGUAUAUAGGUGCACACUGUCCUGAGCUAGUGACUUUGAACUUGCAGACUUGCUUGCAAAUUACAGAUGAAGGUCUCAUUACUAUAUGCAGAGGGUGCCAUAAGUUACAGUCCCUCUGUGCCUCUGGCUGCUCCAACAUCACAGAUGCCAUCCUGAAUGCUCUAGGUCAGAACUGCCCACGGCUUAGAAUAUUAGAAGUGGCAAGAUGUUCUCAGUUAACAGAUGUGGGCUUUACCACUCUUGCUAGGAAUUGCCAUGAGCUUGAAAAGAUGGAUCUGGAAGAGUGUGUUCAGAUAACAGAUAGCACAUUAAUCCAACUUUCUAUACACUGUCCUCGACUUCAAGUAUUGAGUCUGUCUCACUGUGAGCUGAUCACAGACGAUGGAAUUCGUCACCUAGGGAAUGGGGCCUGCGCCCAUGACCAGCUGGAGGUGAUUGAGCUGGACAAUUGCCCACUAAUCACAGAUGCGUCCUUGGAGCACUUGAAGAGCUGUCACAGCCUUGAGCGGAUAGAACUCUAUGACUGCCAGCAAAUCACACGGGCUGGAAUCAAGAGACUCAGGACCCAUUUACCCAAUAUUAAAGUCCACGCCUACUUCGCACCUGUCACUCCACCCCCAUCAGUAGGGGGCAGCAGACAGCGCUUCUGCAGAUGCUGCAUCAUCCUAUGACAAUGGAGGUGGUCAACCUUGGCGAACUGAGUAUUUAAUGACACUUCUAGAGUUACCGUGGAAUCUCUCCAGUGGAAGCGACCCCAGUGUUCUGGGCAAGGGUUACAAAGUGAGGGCAGUGUCUGGAUCCCCAGAGCCACACAUACAUACACGUACACACCCUCAUCCCCAUCCACUCACAUUUUGUGACCAUGAGAUUGACGUUCAUGCUGGCUUUAUCAAGUGGAUUGGUAAAACUUAACCAUUCCUGUUGGAGGUGCCCAGAAGAAAAUCACAGGCCAAGGUGGAGGGAGGGGGCAUUCCAGCAAACCCAGUGUUAACUGCUACUGUGGUUUCUUUGUUUUGUCAGAGGGUUUCUUUGAGGAUUUUGGUACAGUAACUGCAGUCCUCCAGGGUCAAGAAAAGCAUGGAAAAACUAUAUAUGAUGUAUCCAGGGACCAGAAGGAAAAUUUCUUUGUAUCCUAAAAAUGGUAGCCAUCUAUUGUGACUACAGAGCUUCUGUGCUUCCUUGUUUCCAUGCCAACAUGCUGAGCAUGCUCACAAAGAAGGCUCAUCCAUUCCUCUUGUGUUUUAGUAUUUGGCCCAGAGGUUUCCUAAAUGGUUGCAUUGAAAUCGCUGUGGUCCAGAUGUGAUUACUUAUUCACUUAAAUUGUCACUGUCUGUAGCACACAUGUGCACCUGUCUUCCAUUCUCUGUUGCUCCCUCCCACACUCUUGCUCAGUCUGUCACCUGUUCAUAAUCUGCCUAUUCACACUCAGUUGUUACUCUUUUGCUGUUGUGUUUACAGUUUGCAUUUUGGAUGAUUAGUUGGGGUUACCAAACAUUUAUAAAAGACAUUAUCAAUAAAUAUUUUUUUAAUUCUAAAUUUUA